GUAACUAAACUAUUUCUCUAUACAUCUCUACAUCUGGAUUCUGGAGGAGUCAGACACAUUUGGUAUCACAUCAUUUUGUGUAAUUCUAAAUCUUUCAAUGGCAUUUGGGAACUUUAACAACACCAAACUGAGUCAUAUUUCUCACAACCUAUCAUUAUCAACCUUAUGGAAGUCCUUAUCAGUUUCCGGUGCACUACUUUUCUUGUUGUACACAUUUGCAUUUAACCAUCAUCAUCAAAUGAUAACCCAUAAACUCUUUGCCCCUCUCGACCUUGGUUUCUCCUCCUCUUUCUCUUCCACUUCAGAAAAACCCGCAUCAUCGUCCUUGCAAAUAACAAGAGAGUCUCCUACAAAACUCAGCCAUCUAUUUUUUGUCAUUGUUGGUAGUACAAAGACUUGGAGAUAUAGGAGAGGCUACAUAGAGCCUUGGUGGAGACCAAACAUCACGAAAGGAUUUGUCUUCCUCGAAAGACCACCUGGUCGUGAUCUCUUGCCUUGGCCUAACCAAUCUCCUCCUUUCUCUGUUAAUAAAGACUCAUCCAUCACAAACCAAUUCAAAACUCAUCAGAUUCGCCUUUUCCAAUCACUCCAUGAGUCGUUUAAGAAAGCGUCCAAGGAUACAAGAUGGUUUGUGAUAGCAGAUGAUGAUACUCUCUUCUUCUUGGACAACUUAGUCGAGGCUCUCGACAGGUAUGACCACAAGAAGCACUAUUACAUCGGGAUGAACUCGGAAAACGUUUGGUCAAAUGCAGUUUUCUCUUUCGACAUGGGAUAUGGAGGCGGCGGAUACGCAUUGAGCUAUCCAACCGUGGUAACACUUCUCAACAAAAUGGAAGAAUGUAUCAGACGCUACCUUGGAUUUUAUAGCGAUCUUCUCUCAUUUCGUUGCUUAGCCGACUUGGGAAUUGAUCUUACUUUAGAGAAAGGCAUGCAUCAGAUUGAUCUGCACGGUGACGUAUCAGGUCUCUUAUCAGCUCAUCCUCAGUGUCCUCUUAUCAGUCUCCACCAUUUUGAUGUCAUAGACCCGAUUUUCCCAGGCAUGAACCGCCAACAAUCAGUGAACCACCUCAUGAAAACCGCGAAAACAGACCAGUCCCGUGUCUUGCAACAGACAAUAUGUUACCAAAGGGGAAAUAACUGGUCAGUCUCUGUCUCUUGGGGAUACUCAGUCCACAUUUACCAAUCUAUAUUCCCAAGAAACCACCUGAAACGCCCUCUCGAAACGUUCCGGCCAUGGAAGAAUGUUAGAACACCGUCGUAUACAUUUAACACGAGGCGGGUGACUAAUGAUCCGUGCGAAAUGCCUCGUCAGUUUUUCUUUGAUUCGGUUGUGGAGGACAAGAACCAGAGCAUGGUAACUACAAGCUACAAGAUGAAAAUGGCAAGAAGUUUACCUCCUUGUUUGCUAAAUGGCAACCAUUCUGCUCGUAACAUUUCACAAGUCCGAGUCAUUGCUGCUACUAUUCACAAGAUGGGUGAAGGAAUUGAAUGUUGCAAUGUGCAAUAUGUUAACAGUACCGAGAUUUUGGAAGUGAAGAUAAGAGCUUGUCACAAAGAUGAAGUUCUUGCUUAGGACAUGUCUUCAGAUACAACUAUCAUUGAUUCCCUAUUAUUAUUAAUGUGAAUUUGGUUUUUCAUUUGGUUAUAUAACUUCUAGCUGCAACGAGAAUAAACAGUUGACAAAGUCAAACCCCACAUUGGGGAAUCAAGAGGUUUCAAACCCCAAAUGCAUUAAAAUCUUUGUGCCUCGUGAAAAUAGCCUACGUUUCCAUGGAAAAAUCGACUAAUUUUCUAGAAAUAGGACCCAAAAAAAAA